GAAGUUUAAUAAAUAAUGUAGAUGGCGGCAAUAGACCUACACCAAUAGGUGUAUUCUGCCAAACAACCUUAAAAAGAAGAAGAAGAAUAUGACAGCGCAGCGGUUGUUAUGGAGAAGCAUUUCCCCGGAGGGCUGGAGAAACAUUGGAGAGCUGGCGUUGGGGACAGAAAGCAGCUGAUCGGUUUCAGACGGCCUGAGAGCACGAGCUCGCGCUUCUGUCAGACUGAAUGAACUCCAUAGGUGUCAGCGGAGGGAGGUAGAAUGUUAUGUAUUCUCAGCAGCACAAUGGAUCCUUGAGAUGCCUUGAUGCCGGACUCUUCCUGUUUUCUGAAGCACCACCUGCACUGGCCUAUUACAGGACUAGAAGACUGACAAGUGAUCCAAUCCCAUGCAGCCCCCACCUCUGACCAACCUCUGCCCUUCCAUUCUCUCGUACUAUUGCACUCUGAAUUAAGGUUCUGUGCAGUAUUAGUUCAAAUAUCUUUAUUUUAAAAAUGUUUUUACCUCAUUGAUAUUUUUAUUUUAUUUGACAUUUUUUAAUAUACCGGGACCUCACGAUACAAUACUUAGGCGCCGAUAUGUAUUGUGUUUCUCAUGAUUCUAUAGUUAUUGUGAUUUGAUACUGUGAUUUUAUUUGCAUUUGAUGUUCCAAACAUAUUGCUCACCACAUGUCGGCUGCAGAGAGUCUAGAGAAAGCAUGAUAAAAUUAGUUUUGAUCAUUCAUGGAAAUAAGUGCUGAGAACAUGUUGGCUCAUUAUUUAAGAAGAAGAUGGAGAACAAGUUGUAGGAUGGCGAGUGCUAGUUAACACUUCCUAGCAAGAAAAAUACAUUACAAAUCAAAAGUGGCGACUUAUAAUGGAACUAUAUAGAUUUAUAAUAUAUUUUUUAGCGGCGAUAUGGAUUUAAGGACUGAAAUAUGGUUCAAAGUUAUUUUUCUUCACUUUCUACUGCUAAAAUCCAGAACCAGAUCAGACCAGUGAAACAGGACAACAGAGGGGGGGAGGGGGUGGGCAUUGGCGUGGCAUGGCGGAGCACGGCGAGCUGCUCGGUGAGAUGGCCACGAUUGGGCGUCUGAGCGCCACGGAGCGCUUGAAGCAUGCCCAGAAGCGGCGCGCCCAGCAGCUAAAAGGCUGGGCCCAGAUGGACAAGGACAUGGCCCGCGGCGCGGGCAAGGCCGGCCAGAAAAGCAACAAGAAGGGGCGCACGCGCAGGGUGGUCUUCCCCAACAACAUCACUCUGCUGGAGGCUGCAGCCCGCAAUGACCUGGAGGAGGUGAGGGAGCUGCUGAACGGUGGAGUCAGUCCAGAUCUGUACAACGAGGACGGACUCACUGCCCUUCACCAGUGCUGCAUUGAUGACUUUGUGGAGCUGGUACAGUGUCUGUUGGAUGCCGGGGCCAGUGUGAACGCCUGUGACAGUGAGCUGUGGACGCCGCUUCACGCUGCUGCCACCUGUGGACACACAGACCUGGUGCAGCUCCUCGUGCAGUCUGGAGCAGAGCUGCUGGCUGUCAACGCUGAUGGCAACAUGCCCUAUGACCUUUGCGAGGACGAGGCCACUCUGGAGUUGCUUGAGAUGGUCAUGGCAGAGCAGGGUAUAACCCAGGACCGUAUAAACCGGUGUCGUGGGGCUAAGGAGAUGAAUAUGCUCACAGAUCUUCGAGUGCUGGUUCAGAAUGGAGCGGACCUGAACGCUCAGGAUGACAACGGGGCCACGCUGCUGCACAUAGCGGCGGCUAACGGCUACUUGUUGGUGGGGGAGCUGCUACUGGAGCACCGGGCCAAGGUGGAGCAGAAGGACACGGACGGCUGGACACCACUCCACGCCGCCUCCUGCUGGGGACAGAUUCUGAUGGUGGAGCAGCUGGUGGCUCAUGGGGCCAGUCUCAACACCAAGUCUGUCCUGGAAGAGACGCCGUUGGAUGUGUGUGCUGACGAGGAGGUGAGAGUCAAGCUGAUGGAGCUGAAACACAAACACGACGCAAUCAUGAAGAGUCAUGACCGACACAAGGGCACCUUGCAGAGACGAGCCUCCAGCACUGGCAGCAGAGGUAAGGUGGUGCGGCGUGUGAGCGUCAAUGAGCGUUCCAGCCUGUACCGGCGGGAGCACCACAAGGAGGCCAUGGUGUGGCAGGAGAGAGGCCGGCAGGCCGAGCCGCAGGACGACGACGAGGACAGACAGACGGACAACGAGCUCCACCAUCACGUUGCCAUGGCUGCAGGUACCAUGUCGAGGCUGGAGAAUGAGGAGGGAGCGGAGAGGAAGUCUAGUCUGGGGAACGGUGGGACGCCCCUUGCCCUCUCGGCGUCUGUCCCAGGGGAGCAGUGGAGUAGAGGCCGGAUGGACCGCAGUGCCUCCUACCAGCUGAGCCCUGCCUCAGGGUCUGGGGAGGAAAGGGACAACAUGACCCUGGAGAAAUCCCACCAGACUCUAGCGGACCUGAAACGCCAGCGGGCUGCGGCCAAGCUCAACAAGUACCCCGCCCCACCUCUACUCCCUCCCUCAGAGGAGGAGCCUCCCUCUCCCACCCCUCUGCAGGAGGUGACCCCCUCCCGAGCCGCCCAGGAGACCCCCAGCACAGAGGUGGCCUUUCCCAGUGCUGUGUACUUCACUCCAGCCAGUGGGGACCCGCCCCUGCUCAAACUACGAGCCCCAGAGGAGGACACGUCCAACAACACCAAGGAGCCCUGCUGUGGAAUCAUGUAGAGACACACAAACACUCCCAAGCACCCACUGCCUGACUGGAAAUGAGGGGAUGUGUCACACUCCUAUGUGGCAAACCGAUUUCAAGUCAAAACACUACGGUGACCAGCAGAUAUACUUUAUAAGGAUUCAUUGCAGUUUGAUUCAUUCUAAGCACAUUAUUUGGUUCUGUCAAUAUGCCGUUGAAUGUUUGGUCUUAACUCCAUUUUAGUAAAUGUAGUAGUACAUUUUAUCUUCUUGCAAAUAUUUAUUUUAAACCCUCCUUCCUGAAAAAUGUCAAACAUUUAAUAUAUGAGCACUUAACGUAAUGUUCCUCAUUGCUCCUCUGAGGGUGUGGCCAGAGGGGUCUAUUUGGAUCUCAGGAGACCUUAUGUGGCCACCUGGUGGCUUUUUAGGCUGUGUGUAGAGACCUACAGAUACCAGUAUUACUCUUGCAAUAGCACUGAGUACUUUCCUCUUGAGUCCUUUUUUUCAUGUGUGUUUGGGGCAGUUCAAUAAGAGUUCUCACACAGGAUGUAUCAAGCACAUACUAUAUGAAUUGGUCAUCUGACUUCAGUGAGUAAGAUGUCCCUUUUCUGCUUUGAAUAAGCACAAGAGCAGAAUGAACCAAACCUGAUUAUUAUGCUUUUUUUCAAGCUGAUAUUUGGACCAAUGAAUGAUUUUUCCUACUUAUGAUUGACUGAACAUGAUUUGAGAUGUGCACUGUAACUUGAUGUGCAUUAUUGAUUGAAGGGAAGCACGGAUUAUGAUCGAGAGUGAGGCGAUUUCCUAAAGUGAUUGAUACAAAAGGGUACGUGAUAGCAUUUAUUGAUCUGACAGUGCAUCCUGAAAGUAUUCAGACCCCUUGUCUUUUUUCCAAAUUUUGUUUCAUUACAGCCUUAUUCUAGUUCCCCCCCCCUCAAUCUGCACACAAUACCCCAUAAUGACAAAGCAAA